AUGGCGCCAAAAUCCCGCACUGUAACGGCAAAGUCGCUACAAGCACUCCUCACACGCAUCGGAGCCCGCUCCUCGGGCACAAAAGCCGUACUUCACCAACGCCUCCGCCACGAGCUCCACCAGUCUCGGCUAUUUAUCCGGCAUCCAACAUGGCAGAAAUCACGGCCCACGACGGACCAGAAACUCCGCAUCAUGAGUAUCGACAUGGGCAUCAAGAACCUUGCGUUUUGCGAAGCAGAGAUUUCAUGGCCGGUGAAAGACAGUCUGAACGCUACUAUGCAUGUUUUGAGGUGGGAGAAGAUGGAUUUGGUGGGUUCUAGAGAUGGGAUUCCUGGUUCUGAGGUGGGGGAGUCAGAAUCAGAAUCAGAGUCAGAGUCAGAGUCAGAGUCAGAGUCAGAGGGGAGGGUUAUGGGAGAGGCGGAUGAUGAUGAUGAUGUGGACGUGGUCGACGCAUAUUCACUCAAUAUUCUGUCAAAGACAGCGUACGGACUGGUCAAAAACACCAUUUUAGCAGCUUCACCUGAUGUCAUAUUGAUUGAGAAACAACGGUGGCGAUCUGGUGGUGGCAGCGCGGUUCAACAGUGGACGCUUCGGGUGAAUACGCUGGAGGGCAUGCUGUGGGCCAUCUUGCAAACCAUGUAUUCUGAACGUCUGAUCACGCGGAACAAAAAGGCGGGCGAGGACAAGGAGAAACUAUUCAAUGUCUUCGGCGUGGAUCCAAAGCGUGUGGGCAUGUAUUGGCUGGGAGAACAGGGUAUUGCUCUGACUGAGUCGGCGUCGUCGUCAUCAUCAUCUACGAAACAAACACCACCACCACCACCAGCGACAGCCCAAGACACCACCACUCCCCCCACCACACCGAACAAGAAACCCCCCCGAUCCAAAGCCGAAAAAAGCGCCAAAAUAACCCUCCUACGUACCUGGCUAUCCGCCUCCCCACCCUCAACAGCCUCCACAAACACAAACUCCACAACACCAUCCCUCACCUUCAACAUCAGCCCUCAAGCACGCGCAACACAACAAGCCUUGUGUUCGCCGAAGAAGAAGACGCCACGACGGAGGAAAGACGACGGAGAUGCAAGGGAGCAGGUGAUAGGGCCGACGGAGAUGAAGAAGUUGGAUGAUAUUACCGAUUGUUUUUUACAGGCUGCGGCGUGGGUGAGUUGGGAGGGGAAUCGGUUGCAGCUUUGUGGGGUUUUGGAGGGGAUGAAGAAUGGAAAUGGGAAGGAGGGGGAGGUGAAGGGGAAGGAGGAUGAGUUGGAUGAGGGGUUUUUGGGGGAGAUGGUUGGGGUUUUAAGGGGGAAGUGA